UAGCAACUUUACAACCGGUCAAAUGUUGCUCUUUUCACUCUUCAGAAGAUCAUUAUCAAGUACUUGAAUGCUUACUUUGAGCAUCUGAUCUCUUCCAGUACCCUCCCUACCUUCAGAAGAAAGCUCUUCUGUCGUCGAAGCCUUGGCACAUGUGGGAAAGCACAGGCCACGCGGGUAGGUGUGGAUCCCACUCCCACGAUGGGCGAAGAUGCAGGGACAGAUUUCAGGUGACAGGUAGGUUGUCGACGAAAGGAACCAUGGACUGGACCCUCGGAUGGAUGGUCCAUUCGAUAGGUGAGUGUCCCUCUCGAUACACAGAGGAGUUGAUGGGAUCCUUUAUGUAUAAGGUAAGGGAGAGAUGCCAUUGCGGGGUCGAGACUGGAGGAGGGGCGCUCAGUCAGCAACCAGGCCGGAGGGGAAAAGCUGCAAUGGUGAUCCGUCCACCCGCUAAUCCCGAGAACCCCACCUCAAAAUUGAAUGCUGGUCGCUGCUCGGCUUCUUUUUCGACAACAGACAACGACAUCUCGGCUUUGCAUCGGAAUUCAACACCAUCAACGGCUGCCAUCAUCCAAGGAACAGCGUGACGGCCCUGGGAAAACCACUUCAUUGAUAGCUCCAAGCCCUGGUCGCCCGCCGCCGCUGCUCCACCCUGAACCAGCUGCGAACCCAGCCCUGUUGCUUGCGCGGGCCACUCGCUGGAGCACCGCUGAAGUUUGGAGGCCCACCUUCGUCAUUCGGUCUUCAUUCGGCCACCUCGAGAUAGCAAUCGUACCUCCAACCCGGAACGAACGCCUGAACGGCCGCCCCCCCUUUUUGCUGUAAUCCCCAAUGUCGGAGACACAGGACAGCCCGGGGCCCAACCUCGAGGAUCUCACACCCGAGGAGGCCAACCGUAUCAUUCACUCCCACCGCAAAGUGAGAUAUGGCACUGCAUGCUGGCCAUGCAGACAGAGGAAAGUUAAGUGUGACAACAAGAGCCCCUGUGAGAACUGCGUCAAGAGAGAACAUCCGUCGCUCUGCUCUUACAAGCCCAACCGGUCAGCCACAAGCAAGAGUGGCUCGUUUGGCACCGAGUCCCUCACUCCGGGAAAGAAACGCCCACGGUCUCCAGAUGAUGCAGACACCCGAAGCCAGAGCAACGACCCUCGUGAAGCCAUCAGCACUUACGAACCAGACACGGCCGAGACCACGCGUUAUGUUGGCCAGAACAGCAUACCAGCUUUGCUCAGAGAACGGACAGCAGCAAACGAACCCCAGGACGUCAACGAGAUACGCCAAGACAUGCGGUCCCUCCUCGGCCUCGACAACUCGGCACCCUUCCCGCUCAUGUCUUCCCGUCAUCUCGACCGGCUGACCUCUGACAUUUCGGCCGAACUUCCCUCUGACCGGGAAGUCAUGAAGCUAUUCCGAACGUACAAGGAGAUUCCCCAGCCAUUCUGGGGGUUUGUCAUUGAUAUUGACGACCUUGAAUCUCGACUCAUGGUGUACCUGGAGGACAGAGCCAAAAAUGCCAGGGCGUCCACCAAAGCCACGAAACCCGUCUCUGCGUCAUGGCUAGCCAUCUUGUUUGCCGUUCUUGCUGUUGGCUCACAGUAUCACGAUUCACCUUAUCAUGUGCGAACCCGGGAUUCCCAAAAAUACAUACAGAUAUCUUUUCACUUUCUUCGUCUUGGAAACUUCCUUUUGAGACCAAAUCUGGACUCCAUCCAAGCCUUGCUCAUGACGAGCUUUGUGUUGCUUAACGACAUGAAGGCCGAGGCAUCGUGGGCAUUGAUGGGCCUCACUUGCCGCCUAGCCCAGUCUCUUGGCCUCCAUCGGCCACAACAACUAGAUGGUCGGCCGAGCCCAGAAGCGGAGAAGAGAGAGGUGUCACGCCGAAAACUUUGGUGGACUUGCCUAUGGCAUGAUACCCUAACAUCACUUUCCUUUGAUCGCUCCCCCAUCACCAACAUACCAUGUUGCCCUAUUCCCAUGUCCCAAACUGCCGAGACAGAGGGCUGGGCAUACCUCGAGGCCAUGUACCAUCUCUGCAAGAUCAUAUCUCAGCGGCUCAACCCCGACGCUGCCUCCAACGCUACGUACAGUCAGAUCUUGGAUAACUGCAAGGCCGUCGAACAUAUCCGGGAUAAAUGCCUGAAUCAGCUGCGGAACAAGGAUGCUUGCAAGUCAGCAUUGGACCGCCUACAACAUUUUGCCAUUCGGUUACACACUUCGUUCAUUCUGUCAGUUUGCUGUCGGCCAGCUUUGAUGCGUUCCGAGAGUACCCGUCUCGACGCGCCACAGAAGAAGUUCCUCGCCGACAGAUGCAAGCUGAAUCUGACCGAGACAGUGCGCAUGUUUCUCGCCAUGCACCAGCUUUCAGUCAUCCCCACUCGUUCAUGGGCCUUCACCUACCAUGGGCUUUCCUCGGCUGUGCUUUUGGGAAUUCUGGGUGACUCCAAAGGGGAUCCUGAAGUCCGCCAACUGCAAGGGGACCUGAUAUCGGCGCUUUCGGCAACAGCAGCCAAGGAGCAAACGUCCCCCCAACCACACAUCCAUCGGUCUGACCACGAUAUUGAACUUUCGGGUCCCCUGUCCCGUGCUUUAAUGGCACUCAAGAAUAUCUACGAUCAUGGAUCCGUAAUCGGCCCCGGCCCCAUGAAGGAGAGCGGUGUGAACUCUGGCGCGGGCUCUGGCACCCGAACACCACUGCAGCCAGGGACUCAAUCAGGAUAUCCUAUUCAUAGUCUUCCGCUGCCACAGGACUCCAUUUCCCGGAUGCCCACUAGUUUGGAUCCACAUCAAAAUGCAGCCUUGGCCAUGGCAGAGAUGCAGCAGAACGGAGGACAAUUGGGUGACAUGCAACACAGGCAUGUAUCUCUCUAUACCCGGACGCAUAUGUUCCCAUCGACAGCUACUGACAGAACGAUCAGCAACAUGCCCUUUGUGUUCCCCCCACCACAGCAAAAUCAGCAACAAUUGAGCGAUGUUUCCAAUUUUGACCCUGCCACUUACAUGUCACCCAUGGACCUGUACGACCACAUUUUCUGGGACACUCCUGAUCCGUUCGGCACUCCGGUAGACUCGAUGAAUUUUGACUUUCUUGCACACCCACCACCGGGCCAACCACAGCAGCAGUUUUACUUCUAG